UGGCUAAAUUCUCUGGAUGCGUUUGUGCGCUGGUCAUGUGAGCGCACCAGUUACGAGUGUUUACAUUCUCAGAUAAGUAUUUUCCUGUCUUUUAAAGUUAAUGAAUAUCCGUUUUCCUUGAAAAAAUGGGUGUUGCGAGGCUGUCGUUGUCAAUUUACUCAAGGUAAAAGCAGUUUUUGACCUCCCACUCGUGCUGUGACGUGAUCGCAGCAGUGUCUCGUAAUAUAUGAAACGCGCAAUUUGAAACGUCAAGUUGUUCCGCCGCUUCAGCAAACACACGUUGUCUCCAGUCCCAUGUGGCGGAGCGGAGCACAUUAGGCGAGCCAAAGACAGAAAGGCAAGCGCUUGGUUUUUCCCUUGGGUGUGCUGGACUGGAGUAACACCAAACCACUGGAAUAAAUCAAGGAUUCAGUUGAACAAAAUGAGCGCCGGUAAGAGGAUGGAGGAUGAGGCAGUGCUGGACAGGGGGGCUUCAUUACUCAAACCCUUAUGUGAUGAAGAAGAGGUUGAAGGUCACCACACCAUAUACAUUGGCGUGCACGUUCCCAAGAGCUAUCGGCGAUGGAGACGUCAUCGCCGACGUGCCAGUCACAAGGACAGAAAAGAGAAAGUGAGCGAAAACGCUUCGGACAGGUCAGACGUUGAAAACAAUGAUGAGGCCAGCAGUAGUAUCCUCAAACCACUCAUCUCACCUGCGGCCGAACGCAUCCGAUUCAUCUUGGGAGAGGAUGAUGAUGGCCCAGCGCCCCCUCAGCUCUUCACAGAGCUGGACGAACUGCUGUCUGUUGAUGGCCAGGAGAUGGAGUGGAAGGAAACUGCCAGGUGGAUCAAGUUCGAAGAGAAGGUGGAAAAAGGUGGAGAGCGGUGGAGUAAACCACAUGUGGCCACUCUAUCUCUACACAGUCUCUUUGAGCUUAGGACGUGUAUAGAGAAGGGCACCAUCAUGUUGGACCUAGAGGCCUCCACUCUUCCAGGGGUUGUUGAAAUGAUCACUGACAGUCAGAUUGAGACAGGUCUCUUGAAAGCUGACCUGAAAGAUAAAGUCAUGUACACCUUGCUGAGGAAACAUCGUCACCAGACCAAGAAGUCCAAUCUUCGCUCACUAGCUGACAUUGGCAAGACGGUUUCAAGUGCAAGUAGGCUGUUUUCCACACCGGAUAAUGGUAGUCCAACCACCACACAUCGAAACUUGACAUCAAGCAGCCUGAAUGAUAUUUCAGACAAACCAGAGAAGGAUCAGCUGAAGAACAAGUUCAUGAAGAAGCUACCCAGAGAUGCUGAAGCUUCUAAUGUUCUUGUUGGAGAGGUGGACUUCCUGGACAGUCCCUUUGUGGCCUUUGUGAGGCUACAGCAGGCUGUUAUGUUGGGGGCGUUGACUGAAGUGCCUGUGCCAACCAGAUUUCUAUUUAUUCUUCUUGGGCCUAAAGGCAAAGCCAAGUCGUAUCAUGAAAUCGGUAGAGCAAUCGCCACCCUGAUGUCUGAUGAGGUCUUCCAUGAAAUUGCGUACAAAGCCAAGGACAGACAAGAUCUCCUUGCUGGCAUUGAUGAGUUCCUGGAUGAGGUCAUCGUCCUCCCUCCUGGAGAAUGGGACCCUGCCAUUAGAAUAGAGCCUCCAAAAUCCUUACCCUCCUCAGAUAAAAGGAAGAACAUGUAUGCUGGAGGGGACAGCACACAGAUGAAUGGUGACACGCCUCACGGCGGUGGGCACGGGGGUGGUGGGCACGCAAUAGGCGAUGAGCUGAAAAAGACAGGGAGGUUUUGUGGAGGCCUUAUUCUAGAUAUCAAAAGAAAAGCCCCCUUCUUUGCAAGCGAUUUCUACGAUGCACUACACAUCCAGUCUUUGUCUACCAUUCUUUUCAUCUAUCUGGGUACGGUAACCAAUGCCAUUACAUUUGGAGGCUUGUUGGGGGACGCCACAGAAAACAUGCAGGGUGUGCUGGAGAGCUUUCUGGGUACAGCAGUGUCUGGGGCUGUGUUCUGUCUCCUUGCUGGACAACCCUUGACCAUCCUCAGCAGUACAGGUCCAGUGCUAGUGUUUGAAAGACUACUCUUCAAUUUUAGCAGGGAUAACAAAUUUGACUACCUAGAAUUCCGUCUUUGGAUUGGCUUGUGGUCAGCAUUUUUCUGCCUAGUCCUGGUGGCUACAGAUGCCAGCUUCCUGGUGCAGUAUUUCACUCGCUUUACAGAAGAGGGUUUCUCAUCUCUCAUCAGCUUCAUCUUCAUCUACGAUUCUUUCAAAAAGAUGCUAAAGUUGUCCCAUUAUUACCCAAUCAACUCAGACUUCAAAAUCGACUACGUCACACAAUAUGACUGCAUGUGUAUGGCGCCCACUGAAGUGAAUUCUUCGGAUGUGUACAUGGAUCCACUGGAUCCAACAUUGGUCUGGACUGUAAAUUACAGUGAUACACGCUUAAAUGCCAGCUGGUCAUCCCUAACGAAAAAGGACUGCCUGAAAUAUGGAGGGGAGUUGGUAGGCAAGGCCUGUGACUACAUCCCCGAUGUCACCCUUAUGUCCUUCAUCCUCUUCUUUGGCACCUACACCUGCUCCAUGUGUUUGAAGAAAUUCAAGACCAGCGCGUACUUUCCUACGACUGUGAGGAAGCUUAUAAGUGACUUUGCCAUUAUCCUGGCCAUUUUGAUCUUUUGUGGUGUGGAUGCUCUUAUUGGAGUGGAUACACCAAAGCUCAUAGUGCCAACUGAAUUUAAGCCAACAAGCCCAAACCGUGGCUGGUUUGUACUGCCGUUUGGAGGUAACCCCUGGUGGGUGUACCUGGCAGCUGCUCUGCCCGCCCUGCUGGUCACCAUCCUGCUCUUCAUGGAUCAGCAGAUCACCGCUGUCAUCGUCAAUCGCAAGGAGCACAAGCUCAAGAAAGGUGCAGGAUACCAUCUCGACCUGUUCUGGGUAGCUGUUCUGCUGGCAGUGUGCUCUUUUAUGGGUUUGCCCUGGUAUGUAGCUGCUACGGUUAUUUCCAUCGCUCACAUUGACAGCUUAAAGAUGGAGACAGAGACCUCUGCCCCUGGAGAGCAGCCCAAAUUUUUGGGUGUCAGGGAACAGCGAGUCACUGGUGUCUUUGUCUUUAUUCUCACCGGUUUAUCUGUCUUUAUGUCUCCUAUCCUCAAGUUUAUACCCAUGCCGGUGCUGUAUGGAGUUUUCCUCUACAUGGGUGUUGCUUCGCUCAAUGGAGUGCAGUUUAUGGACCGGCUGAAGCUGCUCCUCAUGCCUGCCAAACACCAGCCAGAUCUGAUCUACCUGCGGCAUGUGCCACUGAGAAAGGUCCAUCUCUUCACCUUUGUGCAACUGCUCUGCCUUGCACUUCUAUGGCUGCUUAAAUCCACUGUGGCUGCCAUCAUCUUUCCAGUUAUGAUCUUGGCUUUGGUUGCUGUGAGGAAGGCUUUGGACUAUGUCUUUUCUCAGCAUGACCUCAGCUUUCUGGAUGAUGUCAUACCUGAGAAGGACAAGAAAAAGAAAGAGGAUGAGAAAAAAAAGAAAAAGAAGAAACAAGGGAGCGUAGACAGUGAUAUGGAAGACUCUGACUAUCCUUUCAAUGACAACGUCCCCAGCAUUAAAAUCCCAAUGGACAUGAUGGAGCAAGAGCCUUUUUUGGGUGAAAAGGCCUCUGACAGAGAAAAGUCCCCUUCAUUUCUUGACCGAUAUUCAUCAUGCUGAAAAGCGUCGCUACUUUGAAACCAGCCCAAUGUCAAUUUCAGAGAGACUGCGGUUAAAUGUGCCUCAGAUUAGAAUAGACAUGGAUCCAGAUGACAACAAUGGUUACUACUGGAGGAGUCGUGGGUCUGAGACGUCCAUCUAACUUUUCUUC